AUUCCCCCCAACCCAUCAAUUCUCUCUCCAAACAUCCUCUCUUCAAUCGCACGCGACAUGAAGACAUGCGCCCUUCCCACGCAAACAUCGGCUUCUGGCUGAUGUGGUUCACCGCCCUAAUCUGGUCCUACCGCAACUCCUACGACGACCCUUCAUCCUUCUUCUACAAGUCCCGCAUCGCCUUUAACCGUCGCUACUCAGCCCUCCGCGAAAAACAAGUCGACGCUUUCCUCGAACGCGAGAUUUAUCCCGUCGCGCAUAAACAACGCACCGAAGUACAAGUCGACAAUGAAUUUCUCUGCAUCGGCAUUCCCAGUAUCAAUCGUACGACAUCGGGCUUUUUGGCGCAUACGGUCGGAAGUCUUGUUGAUACGUUGACGCCGAAUGAGCGUAAUCAGAUUCACAUUGUUGUUCUGCUAGCGGAUAAAGAUCCCACGAGACACUUCGCUUAUGGGAAGGAUUGGUUGUUCGGUCUGGCCGACGAUGUUUUAGUGUAUUCGAACGAUACGAAAACUGAGUCGAAGCUCAAUUACAAAGUUCUUCCUCACGAUGUUCGCGGUAUGGGACGAAGCGACGAUCGCGUGGAGAACAUACGACUUGACCACUCGGUCCUCUUCGAAACGUGUCGAAAACGCGAUCCGACUUAUUUUGCGCUCAUCGAAGACGAUAUCAUAGCUUCGCCCGAUUGGUUCACGAGGUUCAAAAAGGGUGUUAUGGAAGUUGAACAGAAGGCGACCGAUGCGCAUAAAGAUUGGAUGUACCUGCGGUUAUUCUACUCCGAGAUCUUUAUGGGCUGGAACAACGAAGAGAUCUUUGACUAUUUAAAGGUCGUCAUACUGGGAUAUACCGCCUUGAUAGCGUGUCUCUUACUCGCGCUGCGAUGCAGACAACGCCGCCACGCUGGAUCAUUCGCAACCAAAGAUUUCGCCCAAACAGUCGCUCUACUCCUCGGUCUCUGGAUCCCCGCCUGCCUAGCCCUCGCCUUUGUCACCGGCCGAAUCACACUCCACAGACUCUUCACGCGCUCGCCCACGGUGCGCGAAAUGCCACGGUACGGAUGCUGUGCACAAGGGCUGGUGUUUCCGAACCAUCACUUGCAGAACCUGCAGGAUUUUCUGCGGGAGCCGCCGUAUCAGUUCCCGGGGGAUAUGAUCAUGGAGGAUUACGCGAGGGAUAAUGGGUUGAGCAAGUGGGCGCUUGAUCCGAGUGUUUUGCAGCAUGUUGGGCUGGUUGAGUCGAGUGAUGGGCCGAGAAGGGCAGAGGUUUGGAACUUUAGUUUUGAGAGGUUGAAGGGUUCGUGAGGGCAGGGCAGCAAGCAUUGUAUUGUCGCGAUAGAGAUACCCGAUGUAAUUGUACAUACCAAGCAUUUGAGCGUGGCGAUCAAUUGGCGCACGCGAUGUGAAGCAGGCUCUUCAUCUGCGCGUCGCCUUCAUCUGUACAUGACGAUCAAUCGAUGCAUCGCAAUUGAAUAAAAGUUCAUUCGCAC